AAAGUUGGCGCCUUCUCUCUGUAUCUCUCCCCUCUCUCUCUCUCUCUCUCUCUAUCAAAGUCAAGGACAGCAAAAAUGGAGCCCGAUUGGGAUCUACAUGCAGUGGUCAGAGGUUGCGCCGUCACCUCCACCACCCCCGCCGCCGCCACCACCACUUCUCCUUUCUGCAGCUUCAACCCAAGGCAACAAGACGAAAACCUGGACUUCUCUCAUGAGCCGUUCGAUUUCAGCUCAUCAACGGACAAUAGCAGUACCUGGUUUAACGAAGAGUUGCAUGACCUUUACCUGCCUUUCCUCCACCGCCGGGAACCGCCGUCACUUCCGCCGCAAAGUCCGCCGCCGCCGUUCCCUGUUCUCCGAGGAUUAGAAGGUUCAGUACUCCACAAUCAACUUAACAUCACGACCACAAGGAUACAGGCAAACAGCCAAUCUCUCUCUUCUAAUGCUUCUUCAACUACUUCCAGUAAUUCUCGUCCCCAGACUCCAGCGGGUAAAAGAAGGAAGAACCAGAUGAAGAGGCUGUGUCAAGUUCCGGCUGAAGAUUUGGCUUCUGAUAUGUGGUCUUGGAGAAAAUAUGGGCAAAAACCUAUUAAAGGCUCCCCAUAUCCAAGAGGCUAUUACAGAUGUAGCACGUCAAAGGGAUGUUUGGCGAGGAAACAAGUGGAGAGGAAUAGAUCCGAUCCGAAUAUGUUCAUUGUCACCUACACGGCGGAGCACAACCACCCUAUGCCUACGCACCGGAACUCCCUCGCCGGAAGCACGCGCCGGAAGGGGGCGAGCCAUCAAACAACCACGUCGGGGAGUGAAACGAACAGGCCCAGCACUAGCUCGCCGCCGCCGGAGAAGCAAGAAAGCAGCCGUGAUGAGAAGGGUGGUGUUUUUGACGAUGAAUUUCGAGUGUCGAACAUGGAAAUAAUGGACGGAAAUGCCCCGGAAGAUGACGACGAUUUCUUUGAGGGGAUGGCGGAGCUGGGCGAGUCACUGAAAUCGGACGACGCCGGAGAUUCCUUCUCCGAUAACUUUCAGGACGCCAUGCAGUUCCAAUGUUGGCUUCCGACCACCGCCGGCGGCGGCGGCGGUUGACUUCUUGAAAGUGGGAAUCAUAAAAAAUUGGAAGUCAAACAUUGAUGCUGUUCUUCUCUGUCACGCCUCUUUCAUUUCAUCGCUGUGGCUUUUCAUUUUGGGCCGUCAAAGAUAGAAAGAAAGAUCAGAGAACAUAGAAUCUGAAAGUGACAAUAUUCGAUCUUAGAAUCCACCCUUUGAUAACGUUGUAGUACAAAGUUGUCUCUGCCUCUCUGCUAAGGGUAUAUAGUAAAGUAAUAUAAAAUCAGUCUCGAAUUAUUUAAAUGCAAAUGUUCUGUUACAUGAAAUGUAACUAUCUAAAUGAUCUUUUGGCAAUUAACUUAUACUAUAAACUUUAAUUUUAAAAGCAU